AGCUUUCAGUCCGCCCGCAACCUCUGUCGACUGUUGCUCUCUCCUGUUGGGCGAUAAACAUUUUUUUCCAAGGGGCUGUUUUGCGCGGAGCCUCGAGAGUGCGUUUCUCGGUGGUAUGCUCGCGACAAUCGGCUGAGGACCACUCAACUUUUUUUCCAUCAAAUUACACCGUCGAAUUAGACAGAGACUAAGCGAUGGCUAAGCUAAUCGUACACUGCGUAUUGUUCUACCUUUUUUACGCGUGUCUUGGACCCUGCGAAGGCGGUGCAUCUGUUAAUCGAGGAUACGUAUUCAUCGCGCCGAGGAGAUUACUGGCUGGCGAGACCGAAAACGGCUGCUUGUCGCUGCACAAUCUCGAACCGCCGGCGCAUGUUCUUCUGGAGCUACUGUCCCCGUCAACGGGUACGAGCGCGGAGGAUGAGGUACUGGCCAGUGCCAACAGGAUCGUCAGAACAGCAAUAGAAACGUGCCUGGAACUGGCGGUACCCUAUACGAAAUAUUUCAACGGGCGAUUACGAUUGAAGAUAAAAUUCGAUAAGUAUCCCGAUUACGUCGUGGAGACGGAGAAAGAAGUCUACAUCGAGCAUGAUUCUAUAAUCACGUUCGUGGAAACGGAUAAGCCUGUUUACAAAGCAGGGCAAGAUGUGAACAUCAGAGUUCUCAUGCUCAAGCAUGACCUGAAGCCCUGGAAAAAAACGAUACCAAAGAUCUGGAUCGAAAAUCCAUCCGAAGUGCGGGUGGUACAGUGGACCAACGUCAGUACCGAGAAUGGAAUGGCGCAAUUGAAGUUUUCUCUGUCUCCGGAGCCAAGUCCGGGUGCCUGGAAAAUUAAAGUAGAAAAGAGAAAGUCUCAACCGCAGCUGAUGCAUUCAACCGUAUUUGAAGUGAAAAAAUACGUUCUUCCGAGAUUUCAAGUGACCAUAACUUCACCGGGAUACAUUCUUGCGGAUGCGGAGAAUGUUACGUGGAACAUUUGCGCAAAAUACAGCUACGGCAAACCCGUCAAGGGUAGAUUACUCCUAAAAUCGACGCCGCAAAUACCGACGUGGAGACGGAAGCCCAAUCUCCCGGAAAUACAUUAUGAAACGGAGUUGGAUUCCCCGGACGGUUGCACUGAAUUCGUCCUGUCGAGCGCGGUGCUCGGACUGGCUCAGUGGAAAGUGGCACCGAACAAUAUCGUUCUCAUAGCUAACUUCACCGAGACCGGUACCGGAACAGUGGAGACGGCAAUCAGUCGGACCGUGGUUGUGCAUCAGGCCUUAAAAUUGGAAUUUCUGCCGUACACGCCGAAAUAUUUUAAGCUGGGUUUACCGUAUCACGGAAAGCUACGUGUCUCACGACACGACGAUAUUCCAGCACCGCACGAGAAGAUUCAGCUUUGCGUGCGAGUACGCGGCAAGGACGAGUGGCUUCGCGUGGUAGUGGAGUGCCGCGACUUCGUAUCUUCGUCCGACGGUUUCGUCGAUUUUGUCGUGCCACCUCCUCACAAGAACAUCGUCUUGCUGAGUUUCGUCGCGACCGGUGUCGAUUAUCCCACCAAGUACUAUUCACCGGACACGCGCUGGCGAGUCUUUAUGGAUCAGCCAUCGGCACAUAUCGACGUGAAUCCUUGGUACUCGCCGUCGGACAGCUACUUGGCGGUAGCCCGAGGUUACCAACCGAUCGUCUGCGGUGAAAAAUAUUCAUUCAACGUUAUGUACACGGUGUCGGCGAAAAGCAAGACCAACGAGUCCAUUUCCUUUCAUUACUCGAUCAGCUCAAAGGAGGAUCUGCUAAUAUACGGUCACGUGAAGCACCGGCCGACGAGAGACACAGUUUUGAAUUACUCGGAAUUCCGGAAUUUGUUGGGUGCCAUCGAGACACCGGGGAACAAGACCGAUCAGGGUACCAUUGUUCACAGAUUUCCCCUCAGUGUCAAGAUUACUCCAUCUAUGGCACCGGUCUCGGAAUUAUUACUGUAUUACGUUCGACCGGACGGCGAGAUUGUCGCUACCACGUACUCGAUCAAAGUCGGACACUGCUUCGAAAACAAGGUGAAGACCGCUUGGCACACGGAUGCUCAGACACCUGGAACGGCCACUCAGUAUCACGUGGAGGCCGCUCCGUGGUCUCUCUGCGGGAUCUCGGCAGUCGACAAGUCGACUCGGUUCUUGGCAGGAUCCAAAGCGAAUCUGAUCGACGCCGAUCAAACAUUUGAGCAGUUGAAGAGAUUUCAGAUCGAGUCCGAGCCGCAUAUUUGGUCGUGGACCCAUUGCAAAGCUACGACGCAACAAGAACGAAAUACCGAAGAAAUCGAUCAUCUACCAAUGCCCGCUUUCGCCCCAGACUUCUGGGACGCAUGGGCGCGGAAAAGGAGAAGAAGCGUCAUGUAUAACGGCAGGAGUGUGAAUUAUGUAGACGCCAUACAAGCGUUCGAUGAUUUCGGAGCUAUCGUGAUGAGCGAUUUGGUACUCGAGACACGGCCGUGCCCUCCCUUCUCCACGGUCUCGUUCAAAAUGUACCAAGCUCCAUUCAAUUUCCAAAAGACGGAUCUGUUGCAGGAAGCCGGAAUUAUGGCAACGGCGAAAACAUUGCCCAUGGCGUAUCCGUUAUUAAACGUGGGUCCCGAGCAGAGCUACGUAGAUCAAGCACUCGAUCAGCCCUCGCUUUCUGCGGAUCUCAGAUCCUACUUCCCUGAAACGUGGCUGUGGGAAUUGGUAUCAACUGGAAAGGAAGGCAAAACGACUGUAGAGCGUACUCUGCCUCAUACCAUUACCGAUUGGAUCGGAUACACCGCGUGUAUCUCACCUACGCACGGCCUUGGAAUAGCACCACCGACCACUAUCACAGGAUUCCAGCCGUUCUUCCUUGAUUACAGUCUACCGUACAGCGUAAAACGUGGGGAAAUGUUACGCAUGAAAGUUUCCUUGUUCAAUUACAUGCAACACAGUCUACCGGUGAAGAUCAAACUGGAAGACGCAACGGGGCUCGACUUGCAUCUGUCGCAUCCGGUAGCUUCGUUCUGCGUAGAACCUCGGAGUAGUGUGGUGCACGAGUACAUUCUAAGGCCACGUGUGCUUGGUGACGUUAACAUCACGGUUUCCGCCUCGAUUGAUUCGGAUUACGCGGAACCUUGCGGCCCGGAAAUACUCUUGUAUACUCGGGACGUGAUCGUGAAGCCAAUACUUGUGUUACCGGAAGGUUUCCCCGUCGAAGCGACUAAAUCGGCGUUUAUCUGCCCGAAAGAUUUCAGCGACGAUUCCACCAUUACGUGGGAACUCGAUUUACCCGAUGACUUAGUGCCUGAAAGCGCGAGGGCGUACGUCUCCUUGAUAGGAGACAUCUUGGGUCCGGCUCUCGAGAAUCUGGACAAUCUCGUUCGCCUGCCGAUGGGUUGCGGUGAACAAAAUAUGAUUCUCUUCGUUCCCAAUAUCCAUGUGAUUGGCUACCUGGAUGCGACCGGGAUUGAAAACCCGGGACUGAGAGCGAAGGCAAUUAAGAAUAUGGAGAAAGGAUACCAGCGCGAGUUGAUAUACAGACAUCCGAGUGGCGCGUACUCGGCGUUCGGCCCGGAAAGCUCGGAUGACGACAGUUCGAUUUGGCUCACCGCAUUCGUGGUAAAAUCUUUCGCUCAAGCGAGGAGUAUGAUUCACAUCGACGAACGAGAUCUCAAGCUCUCUGUCAAGUGGAUAGUGAGAAAGCAAUUGGAGAACGGAUGCUUCCCUGUAAUAGGCAGAGUAUUUCACAAAGACAUGAAGGGUGGCUUGCAAGAUGACGACAAUUCCUCUUCGGCGUUGACGGCCUACAUACUGAUCGCUCUCUUAGAAUCGGGCGUACCGUUAACAGCGUCGCUCAUCAACAACGCUCUGCACUGUCUGGAGAAAGGGGAAAUGGAGGACGGUGGCGGUACGACGUACACGGCAGCUUUAUCUACUUACGCUUUGGCGUUGUUGGAGCGCCCGAAAGCGAACGACAGCAUGAAGUUGCUGAUGGCUCGCGCAACGCGGAACCAUGAUCUUCUUUGGUGGGAAGACAAGCACAAACCCUCGUUAGGACUGAGCGUCGAGAUGACGGCGUAUGCCGUGCUGUCGCUGGUGAAAUUAGGUGGCGAGGCAAACAUGGUGGAGGCACUGAAAGCGGUUCGUUGGAUGUCGAAGCAGCGGAACGCGGAGGGUGGUUUCACAUCGACGCAGGACACCGUACUCGGUCUCGAGGCGCUCACCAAGUACGCCGCUGCGAUGUCGGGCAACACCAUGGACCUCUCCGUACUAGUGACCGCUGGCGAGGUAGAUCAGGUGUACAGAAUGCACAACGACAAUCGUAUGGUCCUCACGGAGAUACAUUUGCCCGUGAUACCCACGAUAGUGGAGAUCUUUGCCGAAGGUGAAGGCUGCGUCUUGGUACAGAGCAACAUGAAGUAUAACGUCGCACACGCGACCGGCUCCGAAGCUUUCGAUCUCUCGGUCAACGCCGCUCCCGCAACCUGGGCAGAUGAAUGCUCGACGCAAAAGAUUACGAUCUGUACACGAUAUAAGAUGGCAGAUGGAGAAAGUAAUAUGGCAUUAUUAGAAAUCGGCAUGAUAAGCGGAUACGUUCCAGAUCGCACGAGCCUUUAUUCCCUGUUGGAGGAUGCGGCCACGAAAGUGAAACGUUUCGAGGAGGAUCGCGGCAUCGUCACCAUUUACUUCGACAAGUUGAUCAAUCAAAAGACUUGCAUAUCUUUCACGGUGACUAGGGAGAAUAUCGUUGACAGACUCGAGCCAGCGAAUGUAAAGCUUUACGAUUAUUAUCAACAAGAAUUGACAAUAUCUAGUAGUUAUAGCUUUGCGCCGACUUGCAGUAGUGCCACUCCGAUUGAAGAAGUUGAGAUUCCUAAUCCGGUGCCGGUAGAGGUACCGGUAGAGGUACCGGUGCAAGAAUUGGAAAAGCAUACCACGAAGAAUACGAAAAAAGACGAGGUUGUCGAAAAAACAGCCAAGAGUGACGGCGUCGAGGGAAUUCCGAACACUCAAAAUGAAACUGUAGAGCAAUCAGUGUCGCAGCGAGAAACUGGUAGCGGCCAACUGCCGGACGAGCCGGAUAUUAAUCUGAACCCCGUGUUUGAUAAGCUUGGACCGCCUAACGUGGAUCUCGAAGAUGUGGCAACAUCUUUAUCUUUCGCUUUCAACAGACGGGACCAAGAAAGCGAUUUUAGCGGAAAUCCUCUUUUUAUCGUGGUUGAUCACGAAUUGGCGACUCCUGACGGCAUCGAAGGACCCGCGUUGACUUACGUGAAACCCGAUACCGUAAUCUUUAACGAUCCGCGAUUAAACAUCACCGAUCAAAGUAGUCAGGAGAUGGAAGAAGACAUGAGCAACGUGCCAUUACAAACACCAUUCCCUCUUGGCUCGAAUGAAUCUUGCCCUGUAUGCGCCGACGAAUUGCCAUCAGACAUCAACGAUAUCUAUUGCUCUGCCAAUGGUGUCGUAAAAGCCGCGAUCAGACGAUUGCGGAAAGCAAGGCUCCUGUUAGACGUGCAACCGUCGCACCAAAUUAAACGUCUCCGUUCAACGAUCGCGUUCGUCUUAAAUCCCAAUUGUUCCUGCCCACCUUUAGACAAUCCUGGAAGUCUGGCAUUGCUGAUGCACUUUGGAAACAGCGAGUUUCCGCAAUUCUCGCACAAUCGCCACGUUAUGACGAGUUUCAGACACGUUCUAGAUGAGUCGGAUUCAAUAUACGGAUUAGCACCGGUCGGUGGUGUUCCACGUGAAAUAAUGGACGCUCGGGCGACGUGUGCGAGUCAACGUGUGCGAUAACGCAUCUCUCAAACAUAUUUUACCCCUUCCCAAGGUGGAUUGAUCCUCAAUCGAUAAAAUAAUCUAACUCCUUUCAGACAUAUGAAGACAUAUUUUUAAAUAUACAUAUGUGCGCGUACUUGAAAUAGAAUAAAACCCAUAUCUAUAGGUCGACUGUGAAUUUCGACUGAUUUUGACAAGAAAUUUGUCUAUUUGUUACUAUUUGAUCCAUUUAUUUUAAGACAUUUUGUAUAUAUAAUAAUUUGACGGUAAACAGAUUUCGUACAGGGUAUUCUAGACAAUCUCGUAUAAAAUACGUUUUGAGUUCUCA